AUGGGGAGGGGGAAGAUAGUGAUAAGGAGGAUCGACAACUCGACGAACAGGCAGGUGACCUUCUCGAAGCGGCGGGGCGGGCUGCUGAAGAAGGCCAAGGAGCUCUCCAUCCUCUGCGAUGCGGAGGUCGGCCUCGUCGUCUUCUCCAGCACCGGCAGGCUCCACGAGUUCUCCAGCACCAACAUGAAAGCUGUGAUAGACCGAUAUACCAAGGCAAAAGAGGAGCAGGCUGGCGUGAAUGCAACUUCAGAGAUUAAGCUUUGGCAAAGGGAGGCAGCAAGCUUGAGGCAGCAACUGCACGACUUGCAAGAAAGCCACAAGCAACUGAUGGGAGAGGAGCUUUCCAGCCUAGGUGUAAGAGAUCUCCAGGGUUUAGAGAAUCGGCUCGAAAUGAGUUUACGCAGUAUCAAAACAAGGAAGGACAACCUUCUGAGAAGUGAAAUUGAAGAGUUACACAGGAAGGGAAGUCUAAUCCACCAGGAAAACACGGAACUGUGUCGUAGAUUAAACAUCAUGUCACAACAAAAAAUGGAACUGAGCAGAAAGCUUCAGAGCUGUGAAUCGGGAGGUGCCACUGAUGCAAAUAAAAGCUCUAGCACUCCCUACAGCUUUCGUAUUGUACAAGACGCAAAUAUUCCUGCUAAUCUUGAACUGAGCCAGGCACAACAAAAUGAACAGGAGCACUCCGAAACAGACGCUCCAGCACUGGGACUUCAACUGUCCUAA